GCGUGGGGCAGGGCUCAGGCCCCCGAGCAGGGGCAGUGUGCGGUGGGCACUGCUGAGCGCGGCCGUCUCGCCCGGCAGGCGUCGGGGAACAAGGUGAGCCGGCAGUCCGUGCUGUGCGGGAGCCAGAACAUCGUGCUGAACGGGAAGACCAUAGUCAUGAACGACUGCAUUAUUCGUGGUGAUCUGGCCAAUGUCCGGGUUGGACGACACUGCGUGGUGAAAAGCCGAAGCGUCAUUAGACCGCCCUUCAAGAAGUUCAGCAAGGGGGUUGCUUUCUUCCCUCUCCACAUUGGGGAUCAUGUCUUCAUAGAAGAAGACUGCGUUGUCAACGCUGCCCAGAUUGGUUCCUACGUUCACAUAGGCAAGAACUGUGUCAUUGGGCGGCGAUGUGUUCUGAAAGACUGCUGCAAAAUCCUAGACAACACUGUGCUACCCCCUGAGACGGUGGUGCCACCUUUCACGGUCUUCUCAGGCUGCCCAGGGCUCUUCUCUGGAGAACUCCCAGAAUGCACCCAGGAGCUCAUGAUUGAUGUUACAAAGAGCUAUUACCAGAAGUUCUUGCCACUUACUCAGGUGGCCUCGGCCAGGGUCUGAGCCCAAGUCAGCUGCGAAGACCUCUCACCCAACACUUAAAAUCCCUUAGUUUGGCCAUUUUAACCUGCAUCCUUCGAAGCGUGGCUGUCCCAGGCUCGUCUCCACACCUGUGCCUGCUGGCUGGGAUGACAGCAUGUCGCUGGGUCGCUGCCUGCCUCGCCAGCCCUUGGGAAGUGGUAGUUUCCUGACGUCCACACUUAGCCUCUCGUGGUUCAAAGAGGUUUUGCUGCCUAGAUCCGGAGCACAAGGUAGCCGUGGAGCUGGCUGGCUUUGAGCACGAGGAGGACUGCGCUGUGCUGGGCACGGGGUAGGGGGACUCUAGUUCCUUGAGGCCGAUGAGUUGUUUAAACCACAAUAAACCCUCCUGCCCCUGUCACUCCAUGGGCUAGAACAGCCCAGCCCUGUUGCAGAUGGGAGAGGGCUGCUGGCCGCAUCCUGCCAUGCUGGCGGGGAACAAUUAACACGAUAAGCAGCACUUGGGACCACAACCAAGCAUAGGCUUUAGGAAGCUGCCUCUCCCAGCUCCUGGGACCAGGGUCCCCCGCAGGCCCCAACAGUUGAUUUCCUUUCAUUUUACUAAUUCCGGCUCUGUGCUGCAUGUAACUGCUGGCUGUUUGCAGGGCCACAUGGAGAAGGGGAAGGGAUCCAGAUCCCAGAAAUAUUGCUGGGAGUUGUCUCUGCUUUGCCAGGAGCAGAGCUCCCCAGGACAGCCCAGUGUAGCAGUUCGCCACUGGUGCAAUGGCAGUGCCUUGCAGGCCCUGCUCCCUCACCCCUGCCCCACCUCUCGUGUGAGCCCUGAACUUUUAAGCCCCUUCUAGAAAGAUCAGCAGCUCUAGCUCAAGCUACCAGCCAGCUGCGGUGUGGCUAAACUGAGCUGUGUCUCGGAGAAGGCUCAGCUAGCUGCUUGCCCAGGCGCAGAACAUGCUGGCUUGGACUGCUCUGUCCCCUUCGUGCUGCUGGGAAUGAACGAGACAGGCUUAAUGUGGAGAGCAAAGCCCGCAAGGCCUGUUUGUAAACUAACCCAGAAGGCAGAGCUGGUGCUGGGCCCUGCCGCCUCUAUUUAAAGUUCAUGCGGGGAGUUCCCGGGAGCCAGGGGCUGGGCAGAGCCGCGGGGGUGUCACCACCUGUCCCAGCCCUGCCUCCUUGCUGUGACCGGGGAGAGGAGAGCCCCGUUCCCCUAGAGCACAAGUGUCUCCUCUGGGCUGCUGCAGCAAGCAGGCCUCUGGGCCUGGUACCCACAGCUACGGGGCACUAAGAAGGGCAUGGUGUCAGCCUCCAGCCAGGCCAUGCAAAGACCAGCCGAUGGGUGUUGGAAGCCACCCAGCUCAGGGCACACAUGCCUGUGAUGAAAGCAGAGGCUUGCUGAGUCUGCCUCUGGGAUGUUCAGGCAGCGCCUAUCCUCCACCCUCAGUCAAGCAUGGCGAGACUGCAGUGACACUGGACAGCAGAAUACAAUGGGCCAGUCUGAUGCACGUGGUAUGAAAGAACACGACUGUUAAACUCUCCUAAUGACCGGGACCCUUCCUACCCAGAGCGCCAGCAGCAUCGGUCCCCAGCACCGUGCGGGGUGCUGAAUUAAGUGAACGACACGGAAACACCAUCUACGCUCCAGUGCGUGAGGGAGACCCCUGUCACAACAUGACGAGGCACACGUGGCCAGCGAGAGCAAUGGGACCAGAUCCCCAUUCAGGCCGCGUCUGCUGGCAGCACAGCCACAGAGCACCACAAGAAACAGUGCGGGGUGCUGAAUCACCAGCAUGUCGGCUGCUCCGCUGCAGCUGCCCAUGGGCGCGCUUGUGCUGGGCAGAGCUGGGGCGCUUAUCCCUCAGCAGAACAUGCACUUGCUGUGGGGCAAGCGUGUGCAUCUGGGCAGGCCCUACAGUGCAGCUGAUGCACACUCUUGAUGGCACACUUAGGAGGCACACUUGCUGCCCUCGCAGGGAUGUGGUCACGCUUCUGUACCCAAAGGCUCUGGCUAAGAUUGCACGUGGCUUUCCCAGGAGAAUCGCCCUCCAAAGGUGCAGCAGCAUACGGCACUUGCCCCAGGGUAACCAUUCGGCACCUACCAUCCCUGUGGAUGUAACCUGUCUCCCAGCUCCCAGAUCAGGCAUGGCACUUGUACCCAGCACCAUGGGCACAUCCAGUGCUGCCUCGAGCAAUCCUGUUAUGUUCUGAGUAAUGUGGCACCUGUGUUCUCACCUGUGUAUUCUCUUCAUCUGGAGCCGUGUGCAUGCCGGCAGCAUUUGUGUACGUGCCUAUGUGCUUUCCUGAACAUUGCCUGGAACACAAAUAAACUGGUCAGACAAGAA